AUGAAAAAAUUGGCCGAACAAUUUGCGGGACUUAUUGGUGCUGCCUCAAAAUCCCUGAAUACGCCGAUCAAAGUAUCAGAAAAAAAUGAAGAAUUGCGGAAAAAAAACGAUAACCGGAAAGCCGAGUCGGCCGCAGCAGAAAAACUUUUCAAAGAACAGGAGGAGAAAUUAAAAGAACUCACCGAAGAAAACGAGAAUCUUAAAGCCAAAAAUAAGGAAUUAGAAAAAGAUGUGACCUCCCUUAAAUUUAAAACCCGAGCCACCUCCCGACCCAGCCUCUCGUCAAGAACAUCGUCAAUGAGACGCAAUUCUUUCUCUGAAUCGCGUCCCUCUUCACGGGCCGAUUCUUUUAUUGGUAUUGGCAAUUUUGAGGAUAUUGGCUUUAAAGACCCUUAUUGUUGA